GGCCCGCACUCCGGUGGCGGCAGCCCCGGCGGAGCGACGCGUCCGGCCCCGGGGUUAUGCGCUGGGGUGAUGGUCCGGCCGAGCGGUGCGAGGCUUCUCCCGCGCACGGGAGGGAGCCCCCUCCUCAGCCUUCUGCUCUUCUUGCUGCUCCUCUGUCCCAGCGGCGGGUGCCUGCGGCGCAGCCGGUCCGUGGGGCCGCCCGUGGUGCUAGUUCCAGGGGACUUAGGUAAUCAGUUGGAAGCCAAGUUAGAUAAGCCAUCAGUAGUGCACUAUCUCUGCUCUAAGAAGACAGACAGUUAUUUUACACUCUGGCUGAAUUUAGAGUUGCUUCUGCCUGUCAUCAUUGACUGCUGGAUUGAUAAUAUCAGGCUGGUGUAUAAUCGAACAAGUAAGGUUACAGAACCACCAGAUGGAGUGGAUAUCAGAGUCCCAGGUUUUGGGCAGACAUUUUCCUUGGAAUUCCUUGACCCAAGUAAAAGGAGUGUUGGCAGUUACUUUUAUAUGCUGGUGCAGAGUUUAGUAGAUUGGGGCUACAAACGUGAUGAAGAUGUAAGAGGAGCACCUUACGACUGGCGAAAGGCACCAAAUGAGAAUCGAGACUAUUUUGUGGCCCUUCGCAAGAUGAUAGAGUUGAUGUAUGAGCAGUAUGGAAGUCCUGUCGUCUUGAUAGCCCACAGUAUGGGCAAUAUGUACACCCUCUACUUCCUCAACCAUCAGAGUCAGGAUUGGAAAGACAAGUACAUAAAGGAUUUUGUGUCAUUAGGUGCUCCUUGGGGAGGAGUGGCUAAAACUCUCCGUGUGCUGGCUUCAGGUGACAACAACAGAAUACCUGUUAUCAGCUCACUCAAGAUUAGAGACCAGCAGAGAUCAGCAGUUUCCACAAAUUGGAUGCUCCCCUACAACUACACGUGGCCUCCAGAUAAGGUCUUUGUGAGCACCCCCACAGCUAACUAUACUCUUCGGGAUUACAGAAAAUUCUACAGGGACAUCAAUUUUGAGGAUGGCUGGCUCAUGAGGCAAGACACUGAGCACCUGGUCUACCAGAUGGCACCACCUGGUGUACGCAUACACUGUCUUUAUGGCACUGGAGUGGAAACACCUGAUUCCUUCCAUUAUGAAAGUUUUCCUGACAGAGAACCCAAGAUUCUGUACAGCGAUGGGGACGGUACAGUAAACUUGCAGAGUGCCUUGCAAUGUCAGAAGUGGGUGGACAAGCAAAAACAGGAAGUGGUGAUAUUUGAGCUUUCAGGAAAUGAACAUAUUCAAAUGCUAUCCAAUGAUACUACUAUCUCCUAUGUGAAAAAGCUGCUUUUUGAUUUGUGAUCUCUUGUGUUGACAGUUAUUUUCCUCACCUGUGAUGCCUUCCCUUACAUGUGGCAAAAUGCCUUUUAAUCCCUUGAUAUUUAGAUAUUGAAAUUAUUUAUUUUGUGGUUUUUUUAAGGCUGUGUUCAAGAAGUUGUUUGGUGUCCUUAAUGAUUGUUUGUCUCUAAUUUGUGUUUAUGAUGCUUCAUGUUGUUUUCACAUUUUGCAAAUUUGGUCAAAUAUGCACUUUGGUGCCUCUGGUGUUGUGUCCAAUGUUCAUAUAGUGUUUGAUUUGGAGAUUGUGCAGUGCCUUGCACAUCUUACAUAGAAUCAUAGAUACCUGAGUUCCUUUGUGUGAUCUUUGCAGGGUUUGGAGUUGAGGGUUAGGAAGGAUUGCAGUUUCAAAUGCCCAUAAAACAAGGGAAUGAUACUAAUUUGGGAAGCACAGUAAACUUUUGAAAGGGUCUUGUAUAUUCUGAUUCACAGUUCCCAGUACCUUUGUUUGUAAAUGUGUAUAUCUACUAGGUAAGAUAGGGAAGGGAUCUGCCUGGUACUGUACUGCCUUUUGACAAUGACUAUCCAGCCUUUCUUUCAUUGCAGUUUUUGGGAAAAAGACGUGUGAAUUGCUAAAAGCUUCUUGUUAGUUACUUUUUUUUUUUAAGGAAGAAAUUGUUUGGUCAUCUACUUCUAGACCCUGAUUACAUAUAGUCUGGAGUCUGAGGAAUUCUCACCUUGUGCUUUAGUUAUCAGUGAGGGAAAGAGGCCAAACAGUGGUUGGUGCUUGCAAUAACUGUAGCUGUGUGGAGCAGCACAUAAAUUAAAGCUAACUCAAUUGCAUACUGGCAAACAAUCUAUAUAGUGCAGAAUUGCAUUUCUGGGUGAAAAACUAACUGCUGUAGUGGAAAUGAUAAUGUAUGGUGGGCAUUAACUCAAAAAGAAAAGUGAACUUCCUGAAAUGGUGUGGCAAAUGGAAUCUAGCAUAAUAACAGUGUGAAGUACAAACCUUGUUCUCAGUCAGAUACUUAUGCUGUGAUCCAGUUACUGACCAAGCAGUGAUUGGAUCAACAGUUAAAAAACUGUACAUUUCAAGACUGAAAUUCACUUCCAUAGAUUACAAGUUUCAUUCUUGCUGUUUCAAGAAGUUAAGAUACACUGUUCCUUAAAUGUUUAUAUAAAUUGCUCCAUUAAUUUCCUACAGUAUGGUUUUUACUCCAUGUUGAAAAGAAUUCAGCUGUGAUUGGCACAGAAAAUACAGCCUAAAGGCCAUCUUAUUUACAACCUUGAUUACAGAAGUGCUGUUGGAGAAAUAGUUUCGCUUGAAGAUUCUCUUUUGCUUGCUUUAAUAAAACCAGUCACCCAGUUAGACUGCACUUAGUUUUCUGAAAACAGAAUUUCAAAAAUGCUUUCAAAAUGCUAGGUCCUCCAAGAAAAAAUGUUUUAAGAGUUUUAGAAACUCAUCAGAACUACUGAGGAGGCAUUACUUAAGAAACUGAAGUUGUCUAAAGGGUAAAGUCUAAAGUUGUCUAAAGGGUUGUCUAAAGUUUUAAACUAUUCUAGCAGCAUGUAUAAAAUGUUUGCUGCCAUGAAAUGCAUUAAGAUCUGUUGAGCUGUUACUGUAGAAUGCAAGCAUUUGGCACAGGAAGGAGGUUUAAGGCUUUGAGUUUUAAUUCAGAAAUGACUUGCAAAUCCAAAAGGACUUGAACUAGGAUCAUGGAUAAGCUAAAUACCUUCCUAGCUUUUAACUUCCUUACGUAGCUUAAUUUUCCCCCUGCGUUUUCCCUGUUACUUUAGUUGAGGGAGAGGGCACAUAAUACUGAUUUAAAAAAAAUACAGUGUUCAUCUUGUCAUCAGUUGCCCAGGAACCUAUCGUUCAGCACCAAUAUUGCCUAGACUUCUGCAGAGUAAGUACUGAGUUGUCCCAAAUAAUUAGUAACUGUUAAAACAAAAAGCAACAACAAAAAUCCCCACAAAAAAGUCCUUUAGCCAAGUGUUCUAUUUUAUGCAGGGCCAUCCACUGGAUAAGCUUCAAGUUUGUGUUCCAAGACUUCUCAAGGUUAAAGCUCUUCCUGUGGUCUGACUCAAAUUUUUUAAUAAAUUGCCAUGUUACUGGUUUACAACAGAAAAAAAUUAGAGAAAACAGUUUAUCAAAAUCUGUCUUUCUUGCUCAAGUAGAAUGCCUGUUAAUAAGCACUGGAAUAAGCAGAGCUGGAGGCUGUGCUACAGACUACCAUCAUGGACAUCAAGGGCUGAAAAAAUGAGAAAAGAACAUAAGUAAAUAGUUCUUAACCCAAUCUGGAGAAAGUUUCUAAGCUUUAUUUUAAUUGGUUAAUUAAUUGGUUGCAUUUUUGGUCUCAUACCAAGAGUUUAACUUCAGGAUUUUUUGUGAUUAUGUGAUACAUGUUUCUGAAAGAUGCUUUUAAAAAUGUUUUCCUUUACUACUCAUUCAAAGAGUACAUUUUGUGUCCCAAAAAACCCCAUAAAAAUAUUUUCUAAUUUUGGCAGCCUAGCACUGUUUCUGAGAUCAGUUGACUGUCUCUUUUAUCCUAAAGAUUUGUAAAUCAGCAUUCCAUUAGUAGACAAGCCCUAGAGUGUGUCUCAUCUAAAGAAACUUGUGUUACUUGGUAAAGGGAAGCUGCAAGUUUUUCAGGGCUUUUUUUAUUUUGAUUUUAUAUAGUUAGUCACUAUUAAUCUUUGUUGUGCAAGAAUGUGUGUACCUGAGUCUUAAGCACUGUGUUGGAGCAAGCAUAGUGCUCCUGGUGAGGUUUUGAUUGGAUCUGAUGGGUUCUGCAGGCUAUAGUUUCAUUUUAUGUCUAGAACUUAUGAUUAUUUUUUUACCAAAUCGCCUUCAGCCCUUUAAUUUUCAGUUUUCAGCAUAUUGAGAAGUGCUUACUUGCUGUGGCGUGUUCCUCUACAAGGCAAGAGUAUUUAGCAUUACUGUAACAGGCCUGCUAGAGCCAUGUGCACUUGAGCAUUCUAGAUAAUUGUGGAGGGAGAGGUCUGAGGAAAUAAAUCUUUAAGGAGAGCAGAAUGUGGCACUUUCUUAAGAGGAGUAACUCAGGUGCUUUUCCACACUGCAUAGGUGAAAUGUUUUAAUUUACUGACUAUAUCUUUGUUAUACCUAACACACAUCAAUCAUCUCUCUUGGUUUUAUUCUUUCAGGAUAUUUUCAGAAACCAAAAAUAGUCUUGAGGACCAAAUGUGUUUCUUUUUGACAAAACACAUAGAAAAUGCUGAAGCUUUCACUGUCACUGUAAUACUUCUGAAGAGGUUCAGAGUCACUGUGUGAUUCUGUUUAAGAACAGAAGGCUUCAAUAACUAGCAAUAAAUGCAAAGGACUUGCAGACCAAAGGAAGGAAUGUUUGGUAUUAAGGUAGUACUUGGAGCACAGUGUGUUCAAGGCCCUCUUAAAUUCAGGGAAUGUUUGGCAAUGAUUUUGCUGCUCUACACUUAACAGUAUUUUGUACGGAACAUAUUCUGAGACCUAGCAUUUUAUAUGCUCUUUUUGUGUAUGAAUGUGUUCAACAGAUUUUGAAUAUUUUAUUGUCAAACUUUGAUAACAUAAUAAAGUUGAUCUAAUACA